AUGGGUCUACUGCGAUAUGCGUUCAUUCUUGCUUUUAUUGCGUUUCUGUCCCACUUCAUCAUCAACAAGCUCCAUACGAAACUCCCACUUCACUUUGGUGGACACGUAGAAGCAGGAUACAAGAGGGUUCGCGAAGCUUUUGAGCAAAACUUCCGCGAUGGCUGGGAACCCGAAGGAGCAUCCCUUGCUGUAUUCGUGAAAGGACGUAAAGUGGUCGACCUAUGGGGUGGAUAUGCUGAUAAGCAAGCAGCUCGUAUUUGGAAAGAAGACACGGUUACGGUGACGUUCUCUACAACUAAGGCUGUUGCAGCUGUAUGUAUAGCGAUGCUAGCCGAUCGAGGACGUCUAAAGUAUGAUGAUCUCGUCUCGAAAUACUGGCCAGGAUUUGCAAAAAAUGGCAAGGCCAACGUCACUAUCGAAUGGGUCAUGUCACAUAUGGCGGGUCUACCGUACCUGGAUACGACAAUCACCAAAGAAAUGAUAACAGAUCAUAAUCUUAUGAGAAAGGCGUUGGAGAAGGAAGCUCCAAAACGGCCACCUGGGCGCCAUACCGGUUACCAUACGUUCACCUACGGAUGGCUAGUAGACCAGAUUGUAAGGCACACGGAUGAGAAACAUCGAGGAAUCGGACAGUUUUUCAGAGAAGAAGUGGCGAAGCCAAACGGAGUCGACUUUCACAUAGGCCUGGACCAUUCUGAGGAGUAUCGAGUUGCUCGAGUUGUUCUUCCAACCGUGGCAGGAGGGCUUGCAGAAGUUUUGCAUGAUUUCAAACUUGGCCUGGCGCUCCUGAAAUUCUUCUUUGCUCCCGAGGAAAGUCCCUUGAAAAAGUCACUGCGGAACUCGCCAUGGAUUGACGUUUUGGACAAAUGCACAGUUAACGAUCCCGAACAGCAUGCAGUGGAGCAAGCGGCAGCAUUUGGCAUCGGAAACGCUCGUUCACUCGCAUCAAUAUUUAACCUGCUAGUUAAUGGGCAUAUCGUAAGCGAGAAAACGAUGGCGUUUCUACAAAAACCAGUUAUCAACACAACAGACUACGUCUUGAAUGAACAGACUGUCAAAGGACAUGGAUUCUUCUACUAUCCGCCAAUACGAGAAAAUGAAAAACAUUCAAUGAUGGGCCAUUCCGGCCUGGGAUGCCAGCAGGUGAUGUUCGACAUGAAGAAUAAAAUCGUAUUCGCUUAUGUGGCAAAUGGAAUGAAAGCGAGGGAAUACGUUCUCUGCCGGAACUAUAUGCGGCUACAAAAUGCUCUCUAUAGUGCCUUGAAAUUCCAUUCUGAACUGCCGUUACACUUUGGUGGAUAUGUGGAUGACGGGUACGAAAGACUCCAGGAAGUAUUUGAGCGAAACUUCCGCGAUGGCUGGGAGUCCGUGGGUGCAGCAUUUGCCGUUUUCGUGAAAGGCCGCAAAGUAGUUGACUUGUGGGGUGGCUAUGCGGAUAAGCAAGCGGCUCGACCAUGGAAAGAGGACACGCUCAUGAUAACGUUUUCGCCAACCAAGGCCUUUGCAGCCGUAUGUGUGGCGUUACUCGUCGACCGAGGACGUCUGAAGUACGACGAUCUCGUCUCGAAACAUUGGCCUGAGUUUGCGAAGAAUGGCAAAGAAAACAUCACCGUUGACUGGGUUCUCUCACAUAUGGCCGGUUUACCAUACCUGGACACGCCGAUCACUAAAGAGAUGGCAACGAACCACAAGCUCAUGAAAGGGGUGUUGGAAAACGAAACGCCGAAAGUACCGCCUGGACGGGGCACUGGAUAUCACUCAUUCACCUACGGAUGGCUCGUGGAUCAAAUUAUAAGGAAAGCAGAUGAAAAGCAUCGAGGGAUCAGCCAAUUCCUCAAGGAAGAAAUAACAGGACCAAACGGAAUCGACUUUCACGUCGGUCUACACGCUUCUGAAAAACAUCGAGACAGUAUCAUAGCCAAGGCGAUGGGAAAUUUGCCUUGGGUGGACGUAUUGGAUAUGUACACACUGAACAGUCCUGCACAGCAGACAUUAGAGCAAGCGACUGCAAUUAGCAUUGGGAAUGCUCGUUCAAUGGCUUCCAUAUUUAGCCUGUUUGUCAACGGACGUAUCGUUAGCGAAAAAACCCUGGCGCUUAUAGAGAAACCAGUGGUCAACGAAACGGACUAUGUCAUUAACGAAGUAAUCGCCAGAGGGCAUGGAUUCUACUACUACCCACCACGAGGAAAAUUUGAAGACAAUCUCAUGAUAGGUCAUCCUAGCCUUGGAUGCCAGCAGCUGAUGUUCGACACGAAAAAGAAGAUUUCUUUCGCUUACGUGACGAACGGAUUAAAAGCGGGCGCCUAUGAUCUCUGUCCCCACUUCAUCUUUAACAAGUUCCAUUCCGAGCUACCGUUCCACUUUGGUGGAUAUGCAGAUGAAGGGUACGAAAGGCUCCAGGAAGUAACACCAUUUUCGCCCAGGCGAAACUUCCGCGAUGGCUGGGAGUCCGUGGGUGCAGCAUUUGCCGUUUUCGUGAAAGGCCGUGCAGUGGUUGACUUGUGGGGUGGCUAUGCAGAUAAGCAAGCGGCUCAACCAUGGAAAGAGGACACCCUCAUGGUAACGUUUUCGCCAACCAAGGCCUUUGCAGCCGUAUGUGUGGCGUUACUCGUCGACCGAGGACGUCUGAAGUACGACGAUCUCGUCUCGAAACAUUGGCCUGAGUUUGCGAAGAAUGGCAAAGAAAAUAUUACCAUCGACUGGGUUCUCUCACAUAUGGCCGGUUUACCGUACUUGGACACUCCAAUCACUAAAGAGAUGGCAACAGACCACAAGCUUAUGAAAGGGGUGCUGGAAAACGAAGCGCCGAAAGUGCCGCCUGGACGGGGAACUGGAUAUCAUUCAUUCACCUACGGAUGGCUUGUGGAUCAAAUUAUAAGAAAAGCAGAUGAAAAGCAUCGAGGAAUCAGCCAGUUUCUGAGGGAAGAGAUAACAGCACCAAACGGAAUCGACUUCCACGUCGGUCUGGACGCUUCUGAGAAACAUCGAGUGGCUCGAGCAACUCAAUCGACAAUUUCAGAAGCGAUAAUCGAUAUAUGGUAUGAUCCAGGAAUCGCUGAGCUGUUACGCGAUUUUUUCAUAGCCAAGGCGAUGGGAAAUCUGCCUUGGGUGGACGUAUUGGAUAUGUACACACUGAACAGUCCUGCACAGCAGACAUUGGAGCAAGCGACUGCAGUUAGCAUUGGAAACGCUCGUUCAAUGGCCUCCACAUUUAGCCUGUUUGUCAAUGGACGUAUCGUUGGGGAAAAAACACUGGCGCUUAUAGAAGAACCAGUUGUCAACGAAACCGACUACGUCGUUAACGAAGUAAUCGCCAGAGGGCAUGGAUUCUACUAUUAUCCGCCACGAGGAAAAUCUCAAGACAAUCUCAUGAUAGGUCAUCCUAGCCUUGGAUGUCAGCAGCUGAUGUUCGACACGAGAAAGAAGGUUUCUUUUGCUUAUGUGACGAACGGAUUGAAAGCAGGCGUCUAUGAUCUCUGUCGUAACUACAUGCGGCUACAGAGGGCUCUAUAUGAUGUCCUGGAAGCACAAGGCAUUUGA